AUGUCGGUGUGGUUUUGUUGCACUGAAACUCGUGAAGCGAGAGCCCUGCUGCCAGGAGAUACAGCACUUGCUCAUGUUGUUCAGCCCAAUGUCCUGAUGAAGGUUCGACUGGGAGACACCGUGACUUUUACAUGCAUCUCUAAAAGCAGUGAACUCUUCUACGUGUCGUGGUACAAGCAACCUUUUGGCCAGAAACCUCGGCUCAUGGUGCAAGCGUACAGUCGUUCUCCAGACAGCCUGUUUCAGGAAGAGUUUAAAAACGUGGCGCGUUUCUCCUUACAACAUAGUGAGAGCAGUUCUAACCUGACUAUUUCCAAAACAGAGCUGUCUGAUUCAGCAGUGUAUUACUGUGCUUCAGUGUUCUUAAAUGAGGCCACUUUUGGAGACGGAACCGUCCUCAUACUGACAGGCACGGAGUCCAACAGCAGGACUGUGGUGCAGCAGCCUGUGUCAGACCCAGCGCGUCCAGGAGACUCGGUGACUCUGCAGUGUACAGUAGACAGUGAGACCUGUGCAGGAGAACACAGUGUUUACUGGUUCAGACACGGCUCGGGAGAAUCCCUUCCGGGACUCAUUUACACCCAUGGAAACAGGAGUGAUGAGUGUGAGAGGAGCCCUGAGGCUGGGUCUCCUACACACGGCUGUGUCUACAGCCUCCCCAAGAGGAACCUCAGCCGCUCCGAUGCUGGGAUUUACUACUGUGCUGUGGCCACGUGUGGAGACAUACUGUUCGGAAACGGGACAGUUGUGGAGAUUCAAGGAUUUGACUGUUCUUCAGAGAGGACUCUGCUUGUCUGGCUCUCCAUUCUAAGAACUGGAGUCCUCAUCUGUGUCCUGCUAAUGUUCACCAUCUACCAUGCUACUCUUAAACAAUCCCAAAAGCAAGGGGAAUAUGUUAGAUGA